AUGUACUCCCUAUGGAAGGAAGUCAGCGAGCAGAUAAAAAAAAAAGCGGAGGAUUUAAAUAACAGCCUUCAAGAAUUUAACGCCAGCGGUAGUCACCCUUCAGGGGGGUCCUCCAAUGAAGGUAGCGCGCGAAGGCAGGAGAGGGGGACCACACAGGUUCCCUCAGACACGAGCCUAAAAAAUUGCCUGCAGGAGAAAUUUCACAUAAUAAACGACAAGUACAUCAAUGGGAAGGAUUUCCCGGAGCUGCAGUAUUACAAUGAAAAACUGCUCAGUGGGUUUAACAGCUUUAAGCGGAUUGUGGGGGAUAUCUACAAGGAUAGGCUGAGCAGCGCGAGUGAUGGCCCGGUCAGCGGUGGUGACCCGUUCCGUGGUGAUAACCCCCUCCACAGGGAUGCCCCCCUCCGAGCGGCUAACGCCGCCAACGCCGCCAACGCCGCCAGCACCGCCAGCACCGCCAACACCGCCAACACCGCCAACACCGCCAACACCGCCAACACCGCCAACACCGCCAACACCGCCAACACCGCCAACACCGCCAACGCCGCGGAGGGGCAGAGGUUCUACCUGUCCAAAAUCGUGCCCUGGAAAAAAGGAGACAUCAUGAUUUCCAAAAUUUACAGAAAAAAAUACGACGAGGGAUUCCCCAUCAAUUUGCCUGACCCAAAUUUAAACGCAUAUGUGUACAAGAAAAUUUUAAAAUUAAAUAUCAAUCGAAAUAAAAUUUUGCACACAAAUAUUUUGCAAAAUUAUAAGUUCAAUUGGAACAAGAAAAAGGAACAAAGUGAAAAGAUCCUUCUGGAGGACCCCAAUUUGGAAGGAACAAAAAAAUUUCUGGUGCCCUUCUACAUGUGCGAACUCGAUUUCUGGAGGUCCUAUUUUUUUAACAUUGACAUUAUAUACAACGAAAUUGCCGACGAUAUUUACGAGAGCAGGAGGAAUUUCCCCGACGGCGAUGGGCCACUGCGAUUUGUGCCCCUUCCGUGUGGUCGCCGCGACGAGGAGCGACAGCCCGCAGUGGCCCUAACCCCCCAUGCGGUAACCCCCAAUGAAGCAACCCCCGCUGAAGUAACCACCGGAGAGGCACACUCACCAAAAGAAUUGGGCUUCCCCAAGUUGCAGCUCCCUGCGGAGGAGGCACCAACGAAGUGGGAGCAACACGGGGAAAACUCCAAAAGUGUAUGCCGAAAAAAAGACCCGAAUGGAGAAGCAAUCGAAGCGGAAGUGCAUGGCACCUCCAAUUUGGCCAGCUUCCAAAGUUUUAAUCGCUCCGAUUGGUUGACCCAUUUAGAAGAGCCGACCAAGAAAAGUGAUGCGACCCUUCCAAGAGGCACCGAUGGGGAGACUCCCAAUUGUAACUCUGCACCCCCACUGUGUAGCAAAAAUGAUGGGAUCGCACCGCAGGAUGACCCCUUUCAAAUGACAAGGACCCAAAUUAACGGACUGAACAUUUACAUGGACAAUGAUAUCUUCGUAAACCUUCGAGACAAAUCGGAAGCGUUCGGUGGGCUGUUGGGGGACAGCAAGGGAGACGAGGAGAAGGUUAAGAGGGAGGAGUGCCCAGGAGGUUACCCCAAUUUAGAAUUCGUUGGCCACUCGUUAGAGGCGUCCUUUAAGGGGGCGUCUAACGAAAGGGAAGACGAAAAAGAGGGAGGCAGUACCGUCUCGCAUAGCAGAACGGGGGACACCACCAAAGUGGAUGAUGCCGCUGGGGGGGAUAAUCCCGUCGAAGGGGGCCAACCGAUUAAUGAUCAGCCAGACUCUCUAACCAUUUCGAAUUGCAAUAUAAAAUUUUUGGAUCUUAUUGAAGAGCAAAAUGAAGAGGCCUUUAGUUUGGGGAAGCAAGACGGGGGAGAAGUCGGCGGAGGAGUCAGCGGAGGAGUCGGCGGAGAAGCCGGUUCCGCGUCUCGCGAUGAGGUGGAGCGUGUGGCAGCCGAGGAGGGCGCGCCCGCUAGUGAGAAGUGGAAUGGCCCAGGAGACGCCGCUGAGGUUGGUGUGCAUGAUGGGGUGGGUGAGCAGUUGGAGGAAGGGGAAGGAAAAGAGGCAGGCAAAGAGGACGACAAAGAGGAAGACAAAGCGGAAAACAAUCAGCAUGCAGAACAGUACGACGACGAACAGGACAACCAUCAUGCAGAACGGUGCGAUGAAGCGGACGAGGGAGGGGAGAAGGAAAAAGAGGCCGCCCAUGCCAACCUGAACGAAGCGGAAACGAAGGAAGAACUGGACGAGUGUGUGCUCCCCGAGCAGGAGGUUGCACCGGCCGAUGACCCGAAUGUUGCAGAGGAACUGCCUCUUACCCUUCAAGUGGGUGAAUCAAACGACCGCAAAGGACUGCUUAGUGACGAAGGGGGAGACCAAACAUGCCUACAAGAUAACUUAACAGAUGAUCCCCUGACUGUCCCGCUAAAUCAGUGUAACACAAUGAAUGAUGACAGCAGGAAAGGGGAUGAAGGUGUAGACCCCGUGAUGAACAUUACCAAAAAUUCAAACGCAGUUGAGGACAGCGUGGCUGGGGAAGAAAAGGCUAAUGCCUCCUGCCAUCGGGGGGAGGAACCCCUACAUGGUGACGCCGAAGAGGGGGAGAUGCCCUGCCAAGAGAACUGCACCGAGGGGGGGACCACCGAGGAGAUCGGCGAUUGGAAGAAGGAGGGAACUGUUGAGCAGAUAAACGGGUUGGUCAACGGGGUGGCCGAGGGGACCGCUCAGCAGAUGAACGGAUUGACCAAGGAAGGAACCUCUGAGCAGAUCAGCCGAUUGACCAACGGGUUGUCCAGGGAGGGAACCGCCGAGCAGAUCAACGACUGGACCGCUGAGUGGACCUCCGAGUGGACCGCCGAGUGGUCCGCCGACUGGGCAAACACGUCGAUGCCCCCCACCCCCAGCCACACUACUGCAAAGCAGAGUAGCCAAAUUGAAAAGCAAAACGGUAUCACCGUUGAGGUAGAGUCACACGGAGAAUCCCCCAAGAGCGAAAAGGGAGACACGAAAAAGACACGAAAAGAAUGCGAUUUGAACCUUGACGAGUUAAAUUUUACAGACGUUCUUGAAUUUGACAUAGACUCCAACAAGUUCAACGCAGAAGAGCUGGAGGAAUUUGAAAAGGACCUCCUGAAUGCGUAG